AUCUUUUCUACCUGUCUUCUAACCACACUCUUUCAAUGCUUCAAUAAAUGCUUCCCUCUGCUUCCUCCUCCUUUCUCUAAUUUAACCCUUCUUCGCAUCACAGAAAUCAUUGCCUUUUUUCAGUUUCAAAUUUCUAUUAAAUUUCGAUGGCUCCAACGUCGCCCCAUGAUGAAACUUGUUCCAAGACUGUUUGUGUAAUGGACGCUUCCGGCCACCUGGGCUCCUCUCUCGUCCACCGUCUCCUGCACCGUGGCUACAACGUCCAUGCUGCCCUCCACAGCCAUGCAGGGAGUUUAAAAAAUUUAGAGGAAAUUAGUUCCAGCAACAAGAAAUUGAAAGUAUUUGAAGCAGACCCCUUUGAUUAUCAGAGCAUAAUGGAUGCUUUGAGAGGAUGUUCAGGCUUGUUCUACUCCUUUGAGCCUCUAUCUGAUUCCGAUGAUGACUUAAUGGCGGAAGUAGAGGUGAGAGCAGCCCAUAAUGUGCUGGAAGCAUGUGCCCAAACAGAUACAAUACACAAAGUUGUUUUCACUUCAUCUGUCACAGCCGUUAUAUGGAACGAUAACCGUAAUACGACGUCGUCUGAUCUUGACGAGAGAAAUUGGAGUGACAUUAAUUUUUGUAAGAAGCAUAAGUUAGGGCAUGCGUUAUCGAAGACGCUGGCAGAGAAAACAGCAUGGGCAUUGGCGAUGGAUCGAGGGAUAAAUAUGGUGUCAAUAAAUGGAGGGUUGAUGAUGAGUCCCGAUUUGACCAUCAUGAAUCCAUAUUUAAAAGGAGCGGCUGAGAUGUAUGAAGAUGGACUGUUUGUUACAGUGGAGCCCAAGUUCAGUGUUGAUGCUCAUAUAUGUGUGUUUGAAGAUGUAUCAUCAUACGGACGCUAUCUCUGUUUCAACCACGUCAUCAAUUGUAAUAAUGAAGCACUUAAGCUGACUCGCAUCUUAUUGCCAUCCUCCGACAAUACGCCACCGCUAAGUUUGGAGGAUACAAGAAUUCACCAACAGAGAAUAAGCAACAAGAAAUUGAACAAACUGAUGGUAAAUUUUGAGGGAGGGCUUCAAGUUGAUUGUUCAGAGGCAUAGACUACUAGAAUAUAUAUUUAUUUAUAUUUUUCCAAAUGAAUUUCUUAUAUUAAUUUGUUUGACAACAUUGUCCUAAUACCUUGAAGUAAAAAUCGUCAACUCAUAAAAUCUUGAUUUCA